AUGAGUGGCACUGGAAACCUGAUGGAUUUUCUCGAUGAGUCAUUCCCCAAUGUGCAGACAAAUGAGGACUUCCACACCAUCGACUGGCUAAGGGAAAAGUCACGGGACACCGACAGACCCAGAAAGAUAACCAGCGAAAGCAAGGAGUCCAUAUGGGGGUUCAUCAGGAGCCUGCAGGAUGCCUGGUCGGGCUGGGUGGUCAUGCUGCACAUCGGCCUGCUGGCAGUAUUGCAGAUCAGUUACUACUUUCUCUCGGAGACAUCGUGGAUGUCAUUAUUCACGGCGCUGGUGGCGGCCUUCACGUUGCGAUCCAUCAAUCGCUUUGGGAACAGCCACCUUGUUCUCUUUUAUGUGCAAUAUCACACGCCCUGGUACAUGGCUGAAAUCUUCCCCUUCAUCCUGCUUGGGGUGUUUGGGGGCUUGUGAGGAACCCUCUUCAUUCGCUGCAACAUCGCCUGGGGCAGGAGGCGCAAGACCACCCGGCUAGGGAAGUACCCGGUGCUGGAGAUCAUUGUGGUGACUGCCAUCACCGCUGUAAUUGCCUACCUCAGUCCCUACACACGCCAGAGCACCAGUGAGCUCAUUUCUGAGAUGUUCAACGACUGUGGGGCCUUUGAGUCCUCCCAGCUGUGUGACUACAUCAACGACCCCAACAUGACCUGGCCUGUGGAUGCCAUUCCAGACCGGCCAGCUGGCUUUGGCAUUUACACAGCCAUGUGGCAGCUGGACCUGGCCCUGAUCUUCAAGAUCGUCAUCACCAUAUUUACUUUUGGCAUGAAGAUCCCGUUGGGCCUCUUCAUCCCCAGCAUGGGUGGAGCAAUGGCGGGCAGGAUGGUGGGCAACGGCGUGGAGCAGCUGGCUUACCAUCACCAUGACUGGAUCAUCUUCUGGAACUGGUGCAGGCCCAGAGCAGACUGCGUCACACCAGGGCUUUACGCAAUGGUGGGAGCUGCAGCCUGCCUAGGUGGAGAUACCAGGAUGACAGUGUCGUUGGUGGUCAUCAUGUUCGUGUUCACGGGUGGUCUGGAGUACAUUGUGCCCCUCAUGGCGGCGGCUGUGACCAGCAAGUUGGUGGCCAAUGCCUUUGGGAAGGAAGGCAUCUACGAGGCCCACAUCCACUUGAACGGCUACCCCUUCCUGGAUGUGAAGGACGAGUUCACCCACUGCAUGCUGGCCACCGACAUCAUGCGGCCCUGGCGGGGAGAGCCGCCGCUGUCGGUGCUCACCCAGGACCGCAUGACCGUGGAGGACGUGGAGACGCUCAUCAAGGACACCGACUACAACGGCUUCCCCGUGGUGGUCUCCAGAGUCUCUGAGCGCCUCAUCGGAUUUGCCCAGCGGAGGGAGCUGAUUCUCGCAAUAAUGAUCAGAGAGGUGCGAGAGAAUGCGCGUCACCCCACGGGCUCGGAAGCGUUCGUGUGUGCGCGGUCACCCGGGGAUCUCGUGGAAAUGCAGACGCUGAUGGAGCAGGUCUGGAGCGGGGCCCAGCCUGCGCUCCUCAUGGGCUCUCCAUUGAUGCAGAUGCUGCUGGCCCCCAACUGCACCGAGGGGCAGGCUUUUGAGUUGGGGGAGGAGAGAAGGGGCGAUGCCCAGGUGGGGGCACUUCAGAGGAGCAAGCCUGUGGGCCCCAGCAACCUAGGGCCGGCUGCUUUGGAAGAGGAGCAGGAGGAAGGAUUCCACAGAGAGAGGGCACUGAGGGCCAGAGGCCUGGGCGCUUUGGAAGGAAACCGGGCUGAGUCGGCCGGACAAGGAACCCGCGCCCCGAAGCCGGGCGCACGUUUGUGA